UAAUGAAGGGAAGGGGCACAAAAAGCCUCUCCAAAACACACACAUGAUCGCAGGAAUAACCCCGUGGAGGUGUGUGUUGUGUUGUUUCAAGUUGUUGCAGAUUUAUGGCAUCCCUAAUGAGGGCCUGUCCUGGGGUUCUCAGGGCCAGGUUGGUUCAGAGGAGGUUUGCAGUGGGCUGCAGCCAUCGAAACAAGAUUACCAUUAUGGAAAACCAAGUGACUGACCAUUCUGAAGAGCGUACGUUUCAGCACCAGAGUUCUCUUCCUUCAUUGCCAGUUCCUGCUCUUGAUGAAUCUUUAAAAAAAUACCUUGAUUCAGUGAGACCUUUUCUAAAUGAGGAAGAAUGUCAACGAACUCAAGACAUAGUAAAACGAUUUGAAAAUGGAAUUGGGAAGGAACUACACCAAAAAUUACUUGAAAGAUCUAAAGUGAAGAGGAAUUGGCUUGAGGAAUGGUGGCUGAAUGUGGCCUAUCUUGAAACCCGUUUAUCAACACAAAUCUAUCAUAAUUUUGGAGGGCCAGGCCCUUACCUUGAACACUACUGGCCAAUGAAAGAAGGGACUCAGAUAGAAAGAGGAUCCAUAAUCGUAUGGAUUUCUUUGAAAUACUGGGAACUAAUGAGAACAGAAAAGUUGGCUGUCCACAAAUCAAACAAUAUGCCUCUGGAUAUGGAUCAGUUCCGAAUGCUGUUUUGCACUUGCAAGAUUCCAGGAACUGUGCAAGAUUCAAUUGCCAAUUAUUUCAGGACAGAGAGUGAAGGUGAAUGCCCAUCUCAUUUGGUAGUGCUGUGUCGUGGUCGAAUUUUUGCAUUUGAUAUGGUAUAUGAUGGCCGUAUAUUAACCCCACCAGAAAUUUCUAGGCAACUUUACUACAUCCAAAAGAGAUGCCACAGUGAACCUGAGGGACCAGGACUGGCUGCAUUAACAUCUGAGGAAAGAACUCCAUGGGCAAAGACACGUGAAUAUCUUAUCGACCUAGAUCCAAAGAACUUGCUCCUUUUGGAAAAAAUACAGAGCAGUUUAUUUGUGCUCUCUUUAGAUGAAUCAAGUCCUCAAGCCACUCCUGAAGAUUAUUCAGAGGUCACCAGGUUGGCACUAACAGGAGAUCCAGCAUUACGUUGGGGAGACAAAUCCUAUAACAAGAUUGUGUUCUCGAAUGGAUUAUUUGCCUCAAUUUGUGAUCAUUCUCCUUUUGAUGCCAUGGUUUUGGUAGCCUUCUGUUCCUUCAUUGAUUCCAAGAUAAUUGAAUUAGAGGGUAAAUGGAAGGGAUCAGAAAAAGUGCAGGAUAUCCCUUGGCCAGAGGAGCUUUUGUUCACAUUGGAUCAAAAAGUGCUAAAUGACAUUGUUCAUGCUAAGGAACAAUAUGGAGUGAAGACAUCUGACGUAGAGUUGGUGAAUUAUGCCUUUAUUUCCUUUGGCAAAGCUCUGAUCAAGAAACACAAGCUUCAUCCUGAUACAUUUGUUCAGCUUGCUCUCCAGUUGGCUUAUUACAAGCAUCAUGGACAUCCAGGUUGCUGCUAUGAAACUGCUACAACCAGACGUUUUUACCAUGGCCGGACAGAGACUAUGCGACCCUGCACCAUGGAAGCAGUUGAAUGGUGUAAAUCUAUGCUAGAUCCAGCCUUUAGUCUUGGCCAGCGAAAGCAACUUAUGUUGAAGGCCUUUGCAAAGCACCAUAAAUUGAUGAAAGAAUGUGAGAAUGGAAAAGGAUUUGAUCGUCACCUCUUGGGCCUUCUGCUUCUCUCCAAAGAGCACAGCCUUCCUAUGCCAGAACUCUUUCUAGAUCCUGCUUUCACUAGAAGUGGUGGAGGUGGAAACUUUGUGCUUUCAACUAGCCUAGUAGGCUACACAAGAGUUGGGGGAGCUGCUGUUCCAAUGGUCCACCAUGGUUACGGCUUUUUCUACAGAAUUAGAGAUGACAGGAUUGUUGUGGCCUGCACUACUUGGAAAUCAUGCCCAGAGACAGAUGCAAAAAUUCUGUGUAAGAAUCUUUUCCAGUCUUUUCAGGACAUGAUCAAAUUAAUGACCACAGCCCAGCUUUAGAGAAGAUAUUGAUAUUAUAGUGCCUUUAUUCCUGUAUGCAUUGCCAUGUAUACUGAACACUUGAGGAAUGAAACUAUUAGCAAAGAGGAGUGUCUUAACUGGAUGAAACACUGUCUGAUAGUUCACCAUAUAUCCUAAGCAGAAAUAAUGCAAAACCUUUUAAAAAUGAGAUUUACUGCAAUAACAAUGCAAUUUUCCUUGAAUAAGUUUGCAGCAACAAUGCAAAACAUAAAAUCCUUAGUCAAAACUAUGCAAUGUUAAACUAAGCCUCAGCAAUGCAGGCCUGAUUGAAUCACUAGGACUUUUAUAAACAUAUUUUAUGCUAACCUCUUUCAUAAUCUUCCUAGUGACAGAUGCAAGAUUAUAAUCAGAUUAUAGUAGUUUGUAUAGAGCAGCCAUUGCAAGGGUAAUGGAUUUGCGGUUCCUUUUUAGAUGGUAUUCUAUCAUGUCUUUUUAGAAUUGUAAUCAAAAUUACUCAAGUACAGUGGUACCCCGGCUUACGAAUUUAAUUCGUUCCGCCGCCGCUUUUGUAACCCGAAAUACUUCGCAAGCCGAAAAACCCAUAG